GCCCCCGGCCAGGGCUCGCGAAGCCGGAAGUGUCCCGGGGCUCAAGGAGGCCGCGGGAGCCCGCUGGAGGUAGUGCGACGGAGACCGGGCGCGUUUAACAAGAAGAUCUCCUGACCAAGCCGAGAUGCAGAGCACUUCUAAUCAUCUGUGGCUUUUAUCUGAUAUUUUAGGCCAAGGAGCUACUGCAAAUGUCUUUCGUGGAAGGCAUAAGGUUGGUUUAGAAGGCUUUUUAUCACUUGUGAAGGCUUUUUAUCACUGUAUAUGUUUUCUUUUGAGAAGCACACUUGUACUAAAACGUGAGACUUAUUUAGCCGGCUUUCAUGGUGGUUUGAUCGUCUUCAAAAACAGAUCCAAUGGGAAUUUAGAUCUUAAUCGUUAUAUGAUACUAGCAUGUAAUAAAAACUUACUUUUUGAGUCCCAAUCAGUGAUUUUUUUUUUUUUCCAGACAACAACAAGACAUAAAGUACUUAUUAUGGAAUUUUGUCCAUGCGGAAGUUUAUACACUGUUUUAGAAGAGCCAUCUAAUGCCUAUGGACUACCAGAGUCUGAAUUUUUAAUUGUUUUGCGAGAUGUGGUCGGUGGAAUGAAUCAUCUCCGAGAGAAUGGCAUAGUACACCGCGAUAUCAAGCCAGGAAAUAUCAUGCGUGUUAUAGGGGAAGAUGGGCAGUCUGUGUACAAACUCACAGAUUUUGGCGCAGCUAGAGAAUUAGAAGAUGAUGAGCAGUUUGUUUCUCUGUAUGGCACAGAAGAAUAUUUGCAUCCUGAUAUGUAUGAGAGAGCAGUACUAAGAAAAGAUCAUCAGAAGAAGUAUGGAGCAACAGUUGAUCUUUGGAGCAUUGGGGUAACAUUUUACCAUGCAGCUACUGGAUCACUGCCAUUUAGACCAUUUGAAGGGCCACGUAGGAAUAAGGAAGUGAUGUAUAAAAUAAUUACUGGAAAGCCUUCUGGUGCAAUAUCUGGAGUACAGAAAGCAGAAAAUGGACCAAUUGACUGGAGUGGAGACAUGCCUAUUUCUUGUAGUCUUUCUCGAGGUCUUCAGGUUCUACUUACUCCUGUUCUCGCAAACAUCCUGGAGGCAGAUCAGGAAAAGUGUUGGGGUUUUGACCAGUUUUUUGCCGAAACUAGUGAUAUACUUCAUCGAAUGAUAAUUCAUGUUUUUUCGCUACAACAAAUGACAGCUCAUAAGAUUUAUAUUCAUAGCUAUAAUACUGCUACUGUAUUUCAUGAACUGGUGUAUAAACAAACCAAAAUUAUUUCUUCAAAUCAAGAACUUAUAUAUGAAGGACGACGUUUAGUCAUAGAACCUGGAAGACUGGCACAGCAUUUCCCUAAAACUACGGAGGAAAAUCCCAUCUUUGUAGUAAGUCGGGAACCUCUGAGUACCAUAGGAUUGAUAUAUGAAAAAAUUUCCCUCCCUAAAGUACAUCCACGUUACGAUUUAGAUGGGGAUGCUAGCAUGGCUAAGGCAAUAACAGGAGUUGUGUGUUAUGCCUGUAAAGUUGCCAGUACCUUGCUGCUUUAUCAGGAAUUAAUGCGAAAGGGAAUACGAUGGUUGAUAGAAUUAGUUAAAGAUGAUUAUAAUGAAACUGUUCACAAAAAGACAGAAGUUGUGAUCACACUGGAUUUCUGCAUCAGAAACAUUGAAAAAACUGUGAAAGUAUAUGAAAAGCUGAUGAAGAUCAACCUAGAAGCAGCAGAGUUAGGUGAAAUUUCAGACAUACACACCAAAUUGUUGAGACUUUCCAGUUCUCAGGGAACAAUAGAAACCAGUCUUCAGGAUAUCGAAGGCAAAUUAUCUCCAGGUGGUCUGCUGGCAGAUACAUGGGCCCAUCAAGAAGGCACUCAUCCAAAAGAUAGACAUGUAGAAAAGCUACAAGUCCUGCUAAAUUGCAUCACAGAGAUUUACUAUCAGUUCAAAAAAGACAAAGCAGAACGAAGAUUAGCUUAUAAUGAAGAACAGAUCCACAAAUUUGAUAAGGUUUUUUUGAUGUUUCAGUUACAAGAAACUUUGCCCCAGAAAAUGUUGGCAGCCUCCAGUGGAGUCAAACAUACCAUGACCCCAAUUUAUCCAUGUUCUAACACAUUAGUGGAAAUGACUCUUGGUAUGAAGAAAUUAAAGGAAGAAAUGGAAGGGGUGGUUAAAGAACUUGCUGAAAAUAAUCAUAUCUUAGAAAGGUUUGGCUCUUUAACCAUGGAUGGCGGCCUUCGCAAUGUUGACUGUCUUUAGCUUUCUGGGAAGUUUGAGAACAGUUUUAAUUUGCACAAGAAAAUAAUGUUGGGGCAUUAAAUGAAUGCCUCUAUAAGUGGUCUCUUAUUUCUACAAUUCAGUAUUUGGUGUGGUCAUGUAAAUAUGUACAAUAUUGUAAAUACAUAAAAAAAUAUAUAAAUUUUUGGCUGCUGUUAAGAUGUAAUUUUACCUUUUAACAUUUAUAAUUAAAUGAGGACAUUUGACCUCAGUGAGCACUAGAAGAAAGCCAUGAUCUAUGAUAUGUUGAAAUACUAAUCCUCUACUCUUCUGAGUGAGGCUGAGUUCUACAUCUCUGACUGCCUACUGGAAACGUUUUUUAAAUGGAACCAAAAUUGUCAUCCUUACAAAUCAGAAAAGACUAAUAGUUGACAUGUUUAUAAGUGAUAGAAUGGAGAAGUGGCUUCUUUGGGUAAGGAGCUGAACCAAACCACUGUUUUACUAGGAUCACAAUUUUGGGGGAAGGAUAAAGUGACAUUUCAUUUUACAAGGUGCCCAGAACCCAGUUAUCAUCAUAUGUGUUUAAUUUCAGAUAAAUUAUUGAGCAGAAUUUUUAAAGUGAUGUAAUUAUUAAAAACUGUUCGUUUUAUUUUGGCCAUAAGUGUACAGCUGUCUUAAAGAUUUUAGGAUUAUUUCCACUGUUUCAAGCUGUAUAUUUUUUGUUUAAUUUAAUUCCACUUCAUCAUGAAAAAAUAUCAAUAAAUUUCUCAGUUUUAAUGUAAAA